CAAAGAAUUAAGCUAAGAAAAGAAAGAACAAUUAACAAACAAACCACUGGUCAAGGGGUCAAUUCAGCGACAACCCAGUAUUGGGAGUUGAGAGUCCAUCCUCCUCCAAUCAGCCACAAGCCAAAAAAAAAAAAAAAAAUCCAAUAAUGAAGGAACAAGGAAACCCCCAAAUCAACAACCUCCAUUGCUGGGGUGACAUCCCAGAAGAAGACUACUACAAGCUCCAAGGAGGAAUCAAAGCAUCCAAAUCAUUUUACACCUCUCCCAGAGGUCUUAAGCUCUUCACCAGGUCCUGGCUUCCCUCUUCCUCCACCCCUCCUCGUGGCCUCAUCUGUAUGGUCCAUGGCUAUGGCAACGACAUUAGCUGGACUUUCCAAGCCACUCCUAUCUUCCUUGCCCAAAAGGGUUUUGCCUGCUUUGCUCUUGACCUUGAAGGCCAUGGCCAAUCUCAAGGUCUCAGGGCAUUCGUACCCAAUGUUGAUUCUGUUGUUCAAGACUGUCUCUCAUUCUUCAAUUUCGUCAAACAAGACCCUCGCUUUCACGGGCUGCCUUCUUUUCUUUAUGGUGAAUCAAUGGGGGGCGCGAUUUGCCUGCUGAUUCACUUGGCAAAUCCAAAAGGUUUUGAUGGUGCAAUUUUGGUAGCACCCAUGUGUAAAAUCUCUGAUAUUGUGAGACCCAAAUGGCCAAUACCUGAGGUUCUCUCUUUUGUUGCCAAAUUCUUGCCCACUUUGCCUAUUGUUCCGACUGCAGAUCUUAUGUAUAAGUCUGUGAAAGUUGACAAGAAGAAGAUUGUUGCGGAGAAGAAUCCGAUGAGGUAUAGGGGGAAACCAAGAUUGGGGACCGUUCUUGAACUUUUGAGGGUUACUGACUAUUUGAGUCAAAGAUUGAGCGAGGUAAGUAUUUCGUUUAUUGUAUUACAUGGGAGUGCAGAUGUUGUUACUGAUCCAAAUGUAAGCAGAGCUUUGUAUGAAGAGGCGAAGAGCAAGUAUAAGACUAUAAAGAUCUAUGAUGGGAUGAUGCAUUCUUUAUUAUUUGGAGAAACUGACGAGAAUGUUGGAAUUGUUCGCAAUGAUAUUCUGUCCUGGUUGAAUGAUAGAUGCUCUGAAUGAUAGGGUUGGAUUCAAAUUGUUGAUUUUAUUAACUAGUCAUAAUUUUCAAUUGUAUUAUGGAUGAAUGAAUUCAUAAACAUUCUACAAAUUAAUGAUGGGCGCUGACUAUUAUCUCAUCCGAUCAA